UUUGUAAACUAGGCCAAGCACACUAUUGUGAACCAUGCCUAGUCAGCCAGCAGAUUCCUAGCUUCAGAGCCAAUAGAUAAGCUUUAUAAUUAGGAUGUGUUAUCAGCUUGCUCGUGGAGGGGAUAUUCCAUGAAGUGAGCUUAUAAAAUCCAGGCUCGUUUGAAAUAGCCUUGCUUAAAUUAGCCAGAUCAGUCCAGACCGAGGCUCAAAAUAUUUAUACAGCCCCAACAAUCGCUUUCAGAAAUGUCAGUUAAAGAUCGACCGUUUAAUUCCCCGUCAAACAGAAGUUAUUUUAUAAACUCUACGAUACGUAAUUAAAGAAAGCCAUGUAAGCUGCCUUGCAGAUAGUGUGACAUGGAGAUAUUUAUUUGUACUUUGCAAGGGUCAGUAAUAUUUUUUUUUUUUUGGUCUAAUUCAUCUUCUGAGGCUGUUGAAGGAAAAACAUAGCUGCUGUAACACAAGCGCUAACAGAAACCAACAUUAUACAACAUGAAAUGUAACGAUAAAUUGUUCAAAAGCAUGCAUCAUUCAUUAAUUAAAGGGAAAUUGUGGUUGUUAGACAGUCGUGUUGGUAUAAGAGGAAUAACAUACUUUUGAAUAUUGCUAUUCUAGGAAAAUCAUCCUCAGGGAGGUAAAAGUAACCAGUUCGUGUCGGGCUGUGUCACACCACUCCGUCAUGUUUUAUUCAUGAAAUAACAGCAGCUUUGACCGUAGUGCCAGCUGACAUUCAAAUCACAUUUAUUAAACCGCUCAUUCUAUGAUAUUCCUGUGUCCCAAUUGGCAGACUAUCCGUGCUAAAUAGUAUCCCAAAUUAGAAUUGGUACAUCCCAAAAAGUAUGUUCAAAUGAGUAUCCCAAAGGUACCCGGAUGGUCUACUAUUUUCAGUAAAUUUUCGGAGUGUGGGUCCGUGCACUGUUUUUUCUUUUUUUUCCUGUUUCCCCCCCCCCCAGCUAAUAUCCACCACAACUCCUUGCACAAGGGAGUAGGAGCUUUGCGAUGUUUUGCUUUGCCAAGUUCAAGAAUGCAUUUUAGAGAGGUGAAAAUAAAAUGUGGAAAAAUAAAUCAAGGGAAUGAUAAGUUAUAUAGUACAAAUUAUAUAAGGAAUAAAGAAUGAAGAAAAACUGAAAUGCGACAUGCAGAUUGUUUACGGUAACAGUGUGCGUAACUAGGCAACAACAUUCUCUUCCGUUACAUGAGGUAUUAGUAUGUCCCGGUCAAAAGUAUGUACUUUUUCCUUUACAAAAAAAUUAUUUAAUAAUCAUAAUUUAAAUUUUUAUAAUUGUUGUAUGGUGAAGUUUUCUGUGAGUAGAUGUUUGGAGACUCUUUCCAAAGAUGUUAGUAUCAGCAUUUUGUAACAGAAGUAAUGUUUAAGUAACCUUUAAGUAUUUUCCCUACAUGGAAGUCUUCAGGACAUGAGUUUGCGUUUUGUGGUUUAACAAAGAGAAAAAGAGAGACUGGUGAGGUAACAGCUGUUUACAGCUGCUAUAAUGUAAUUAUACACCAAUCAGCCAUAACAUUACAACCACCUGCCUAAUAUUGUGUAGGUCCCCCUUGUGCCACCAAAACAGCUCUGACCCGUCGAGGCAUGGACUCCACAAGACCCUGGAUGGUGUGUUGUGAAUCAGACCGACUGAAUGAAGGUUCCAUGGAAUCCCCCAACCUGGAGUUCGAGUAUGGGGACACAGACAGUCUGACUGCAGAACUCUCAGAGCUGUACAGUUACACCGAGGAGCCUGAGUUCAGUCUGAACCGGGACUGCUUUGAGGAGGACUUUAAGAGUCACGUGAAGGGCAGGAGAUGGGUGGAGCUGAGUGUGGAUGAACAGAGGGCAUAUAUCAUGCGACUGCUGGAUGCUCUAGAGGUCACGGACAGAGAUAAGAGACUCAAAGUGGCUCGGGCUAUACUCUACCUGGCCCAGGGCGUGUUUGAUGAGUGUAACACAGAAGCAGAUGUUCUCCAGUGGUCACGACACAAUGUCUUUCUACUCUAUGAAAUGGGCAUCUUCACUGCACUGCUGGAGCUGCUCAGCAUGGAGAUUGAUAAUAACCAGGCAUGUAGCAGUGCUGUCAGGAAACCUGCCAUAUCCCUGGCAGACAGCACUGAACUCAGGGUUCUGCUGAGCAUCAUGUAUCUGAUGGUGGAGACGAUUCGGGUGGAAACAGGAGACGACAAGCCGGAGUGGCGGAAGGCUCAAGAAUCCUUCAGAACCGAGCUGGGUUCACCACUCUACAAUGGGGAGCCCUUUGCCCUUCUCCUCUUCACCAUGGUAACCAAGUUCUGCAGCAUGAGUGCCCCCCACUUCCCAAUGAAGAAAGUGCUACUGCUGCUGUGGAAGACUGUACUGUUCACUCUGGGCGGUUUUGAGGAGCUGCAGGAGAUGAAGGUUAAAGGGAGAGAGAAGCUGCGUCUGCCACCACUCCCCGAGGACAGUAUUAAAGUGGUCAGGAGCAUGAGAGCAGUCUCACCACCAGCCACUGCCAUGGAGCUCAUUGAACAGCAGCAGCAGCAGAAAAGAGGACGCAGGAGUCGCAGGAGUGCCUUUGUUGAUAGCUUGGAAGGAGACAGUCCCUUUGCCAAGAAGCAGCCUCUGGUCAAGCAGGACAGCCUGGACACCUACAACGAGCGGGACCCCUUUAAAAAUGACGACGCUCGGGAUGAAGAUGAUGACGCUGAGGAUGUGGACAGUGGAAUAGAGGGUGAGGUUGACCCCCUCGACCGUGAUGUCAUCAUCCAGCCCCCUCCUCCUCCACCCCCUCUGCGGCCUCCUACUGAGAGAGUGACCUUCCCCAAAGGGCUACCGUGGGCACCUAAAGUCCGAGAGAAAGACAUUGAGCAUUUUCUAGAGACCAGCAGGAACAAGUUUAUUGGCUUCACCCUGGGAAGUGAUACAGAGACCCUGGUUGGGUUGCCCAGACCCAUUCAUGAGAGUGUGAAGACUCUUAAACAGCACAAGUAUGUCUCCAUUGCCGAAGUGCAGAUCAAGCGAGAGGAGGAACUGCAGCAGUGCCCCAUGACCAUGGGGGAGGAGGAAGUGGAUGAGACACCUGCAGAAAGCCUAUAUGUGGGAAUGCUUCCGAGCCUUUCUCAGUAUGUGAUUGCCCUGUUGAAGCUUCUUCUGGCUGCAGCUCCAACCUCUAAAGCUAAGACGGACUCCAUCAACAUCCUGGCUGAUGUUCUUCCUGAAGAGAUGCCCAUCACUGUCCUCCAGAGUAUGAAGCUUGGCAUUGAUGUGAACAGACACAAGGAGAUCAUUGUCAAGGCCAUUUCUGCACUGCUUCUCCUCCUGCUGAAACACUUCAAACUUAACCAUAUAUACCAGUUUGAGUAUGUGUCCCAACAUCUGGUAUUUGCCAACUGCAUCCCUCUCAUCCUCAAGUUCUUCAACCAAAACAUCAUGUCUUACAUCAGUGCUAAAAACAGUAUCUGUGUGCUGGAUUUCCCUCAUUGUGUGGUCCAUGAGAUGCCUGAACUCACUGCUGAAAGCCUGGAAGCUGGAGACAAUAAUCAGUUCUGCUGGCGGAAUCUGUUCUCGUGUAUCAACCUUCUGCGGAUCCUCAACAAACUCACCAAGUGGAAGCACUCCAGAACCAUGAUGCUGGUGGUGUUUAAGUCUGCUCCAAUCCUGAAGAGGGCACUGAAGGUCAAGCAAGCCAUGAUGCAGCUUUAUGUCCUCAAGCUCCUCAAGAUUCAGACCAAGUACCUGGGACGCCAGUGGAGGAAGAGUAACAUGAAGACCAUGUCAGCAAUCUACCAGAAGGUCCGGCAUCGACUAAAUGAUGACUGGGCUUAUGGGAAUGAUAUUGACGCACGGCCAUGGGACUUUCAGGCGGAGGAAUGCGCUUUGCGGGAGAGCAUUGAGAAGUUCAAUGCACGGCGAUAUGAUAAGAACCAGAAUAGUGAGUUUGUCCCGGUGGAUAACUGCCUGCAGAGUGUGCUGGGUCAGCGAGUCGAGCUGCCCGAGGACUUCCACUAUAGCUAUGAGAUGUGGCUGGAAAGAGAGGUCUUCUCUCAACCCAUCCAAUGGGAAGGCCUGCUGCAAGCCCAGUAAUGCAACAAGACGUUAACUUGUAUUAGACUGAACCGGUAUCAGAAUCCCACAUGUACAGACAAACACACAUGCAGACAGAGCACACGAUGCCAGUGCCAUUCUUCCUGUAAACGAAUGCAUGUAAAUAGAGAUCUCUUCAAAUACAAUGUGUGGGUUUUGACAUGGUAACUCAUUUUAUUUGUAAAACACAAUCCUCUCAAGUGUACUCCUGACAACAGCAUGAAAGACAACAUAUCCAUUUCAACCUUUACAUUGUAUACAAAUGACCAUUUUUAAAACACAUGAAUACAAAAGAAGUAAGUAUUAUAAGUAUGUCCUACAAAAAGAGUGAAGGUAUAUAUUUAUUUAUUUAUCUAUUCUUUUCAAAUUUUCUCAGUCUGGAACUGCUGAUAAAACUUUUAUUUUUGAUGCAUACUCACAUAUGUAUAUAGAACAAAAAAGAAUGCAUGUUGUCAAGCUAAAGAGACUUGGUUUAAAAAAAAAAAAAAGAAGAAGGAAAAAAAAAGACCAAUAUGGCAACCACAAACAUUACUCAUGUGUCAGUAGGACCGGAAGAACUGGUCUGUAAAGAUUCCUUCCAGAGACUGCUGCUGUCCCUCACGUCCUGCAUAGAGUCUCUCACUCAGUGUACUGGAGAAACGUCCUUGAGAAAGUCACGCUUCUUUUUGUAUGUCAGACGUCAGAGCCGCCUACCAUACUGUCUACUUAAAAUGAGCUCUAACAGCACAACACAAAAGCACAGAAGUGUCCUUGGUGAAUAGCAUCACCCUCUAUACAAAUAGCAAGGUUCCAACAUAACGGUGCUGGUUUUUAACACGAUUUUAUGACAUCUCCUCUGUCUCUGUUUUCCCCCGCUCCCUCUCUUUCACCUCUCUCUUCUUGCACUCACUUGUCAUGAUUAAAUGGAGUCUUUGUUUUACUACUGAACGUUGUUCAACCAAGAGGGGAUUUUAUAUGCUUCAUUUCCAAAAUUGUUUUCUAUGCUGAUUAUUUUUUAUUAUUUGUUAAAAAUGAUCAAAAUGCAUACAUUUUGUGUCCUGACAUCACAUACCUGGUAUAAAUAAUAAUUGUAGACCAAUGCAAGUUUCAAUACUUUGUUUAAACAAACAAAAAAACAGCAAUUUUACUGUACAGCAUAUGAGAAUUAUGAAGAGCCGCCAAGCAAAUGUUUCAAACUGUCAUGGAACAUAUUUUAAUCUUUUAAUCAGCUGCACCUAUUCAUUGUGUCUUACUUAUUAUCCAAUAUCAAUGUCACAGAAUUUAAAAGUCUGUUCAUAAUAUGUAAUUAUCUCUGUUCUUCUGGGCUCAAAAUGAUCCAUUACAUGCUUUGACUGAUGCCUCUGUACAGAGAUAUUGAUCCAACAAAAGGGAGCAAUAGCAUCUAGUGGCUGCACAGAAUGGAUAUUGUAAUUAUAUGGCUACAUAUUGCACUUGCAAUAUGCCUUAAUAUAUUAAAAGAUGUUGCUAUGAACUAAUUGAACCCAUGGCUAUUGACUGGUCUACACUAUUCUAUACAAACUUAUUUGUUUUGCUGGAUUGUUUAAAAGCUGAGAUUCUGUGACAACUUUGCUUUGAAACAUCUAAAAAUUGGUCAGGACGAUCACAGAAACAAAUUAAAACGAUUUAGUAAAGGACAUAUUUGCAUAUUACUUCCUUUGGUGAUGUCAGCAUUGCAAGGGCCAAUGUUGUGAGUUUGUAGCCCUAGAGGACACCAUGACAUACUGCUAAUCACUCUGCUAAAUUUGACCUCGGUAGUAAAAUGUGCAAAAAAGCUGCUUAUUCCAGAUGUUUACAAUCCAUGACAGUACGGUAAAAGAGGAAUACUUUAAUUUCACAUUAGU